CAAUCAAAUAUUGAAUCAAACUGUUUCCAUAUAACAAUUUUCUUUCUUCUUUUUCUCGGCAAAACCUUUCCUGGAAACUAGCUUCUUCAUCAACCAUGACAGGCCCAAGUACUGAUGCAGAAAAGCACUCUGUAAGGUUUGUUCAUGCAAGUUCGGAAUCAAGCAGGCUUCUUUCUUCGGCAAGCAAACGGAACUCUAUAGAAUUUGACUUCAAUGUUCGACCAAGCUCCUCAACCGGCAAUGGUUCCCUUCCCUCUCCGUACUCUAAAUCCUAUGAUUAUGAGCUUGUCAUCACAGAUAAAACAUACUACAAACGCUUUCUCUAUAUUUCAUUGACUGUAGCUUUUGUUAUCCUAGCAAUUGGUCUGCUACCGCACUUUUUACCUCACAAGAAUAAUCAACAUGGACCAUCAAAGAAUCUCACUCUUGCAGUUAACCAAGCUAUAACAUUCUUUGAUGCACAAAAGUCUGGGAAUUAUCCUAGUAAUAGUCCAAUAAGAUUUCGAGGACGUUCAGGAUUGCAAGAUGGGAAUUUAAGCAAUACGCCAGCUGAUCUUGUGGGUGGAUUUUAUGAUUCUGGAAACAACAUUAAGUUUACUUUCCCUACAGCUUAUACCAUCACCCUGUUGAGUUGGUCGGUGAUCGAAUACCAUCAAAAAUAUGCAGAUAUAGGUGAGCUUGGGCAUAUAAAAGAUGUUAUCAAAUGGGGCAGUGACUACUUGCUCAAGGUCUUUAUUGCUCCAAAUGCAACUUCUGAUCCCACCAUCUUGUAUUCACAGGUUGGAAGUGCUGGUAAUGACAGUCAAAAUUCAGUCCCUAAUGACAUAAAUUGCUGGCAAAGGCCCGAAGAAAUGAGCUAUAAGAGGCCUGUUUCAGUUUGUGAUGCGACAGCUUCUGAUUUAGCAGGGGAAAUUGUUGCAGCACUAGCGGCUGCUUCAAUAGUAUUCAAAGAAGAGAAUGAAUACUCGCAAGGAUUAAUUAAAGCAGCGAAGAAGUUAUAUGAGAUUACAGAAAAGGAAGACCAGAUUCACAAAGCUGCAACUUACACCACUAUUGAUGCUUGUGGAGGUGAAGCAAGAAAGUUUUAUAACUCAUCCGGGUACAAAGAUGAGUUGGUCUGGGGAGAAACUUGGUUGUUCUUUGCCACUGGGAACUAUACUUAUCUCGACUAUGCCACCACAAACUUUGCUUCAGCAGCUAACAAUGAAACAAUAGAUGACAAAGGGAUCUUCUAUUGGAAUAAUAAGCUCACUGCCAAUACGGUUUUGUUAACAAGACUUCGUUUCUUUCGUGAUCUUGGAUUUCCCUAUGAAGAAGCGUUGGGAAUAUCGUCCAACAUGACUGAUCAUAUUAUGUGUUCUUAUCUUUCAGAACAAAACUUCUAUAGAACACCAGGUGGAUUGAUCCUCUUAAGGCCUGAUUAUAGCGGACCACUCCAGUUUGCAGCAACAGCAUCUUUCUUGAGUAAAUUAUACAAUGAUUACCUUACUCUUCUUCAUAGAUCUGGUUGGAAUUGCACCAAUGAUGCUUUUUCUUUGGAAAUGUUACAGAGCUUUUCCACUUCUCAGGUGAAUUACAUUUUAGGAGAUAACCCCAGGAAGAUGAGUUACAUGGUUGGCUUUGGAGAUCACUAUCCAACACAAGUUCACCACAGGAGUGCAUCAAUUCCUUGGGAUGGUCAAUAUUACUCUUGUGAUGAAGGUGAUAGAUGGCUACACUCUCAGGAUCGAAAUCCAAAUAUACUUUUGGGAGCAAUGGUAGCUGGACCAGAUCAAUUUGAUGAUUUCUCUGAUGAAAGGGACAAGCCAUGGUUCACAGAACCAAGCAUAGCAAGCAAUGCUGGUUUGGUUGCAGCGCUCAUCGCACAUCUUGACCCUCCUCGCAUUUCUGCUGCUUCUAAAGGCCCUAAUUUGGGCCUCGACCUGAUGGGAAUCUUUGAAAAAGUUCAUUUGGAUUCUUAA